AGGGACCGAGGAGAAGCGCGGGCCCACGGGGUGGAAAAGGAGAAGUGGUAGCGAGAAGCCGGAGGGGGCGGCCGCGGAGCGCGGUGGGGGCGCCGCGAAGGGCCCGAGCCUCCUGCUUCCUCCGGCCGCGCCCCGGCCGCCCGCACACUCGCGCGCUCGCCGCGACCCGCCGCGCUCCGGAUCCCGCCCCGCGCGCACAAUGUGGCCUCGGCCCCGGCCCCGGCCCCGGCCCCGCGCGUCCUGGCGCUGGGCGCUGGCCCUGCUGGCCCUGGGCGGCGCGGGACUGUGCCAAGCCGGCCCCGCGCGGCCCGGUGCCAGGAACAAGAAUUGGUGCGCCUACAUCGUGAACAAGAAUGUGAGCUGCUCUGUGCAGGAGGGAAGUGAGAGUUUUAUCCAGGCUCAGUACAACUGCCCCUGGAACCAGAUGCCCUGCCCGUCCGCGCUGGUGUAUCGCGUGAACUUCAGACCCAGAUACGUCACCAGGUACAAGAUGGUGACACAGUUGGAAUGGAGGUGCUGCCCUGGCUUCCGAGGGGCAGACUGCCAGGAAGGCCCCAGAGACCCCGGGAAGGCCCUGCGUGCCACGCCCGCCCGGCCUCGGAGCAGCUUGAAGAAACCCACAGACAGUGAACCAAGCCAAGUCUCAGAGCCCAAGAAGACUUUGUCACCAACUCGUGCAUCGGAACCAAGUCGGGCAGCAGAUCCAAAACUGGGUCCCCAAGAACUUCAGGAUAAGAAAAUCCAGGUGCUUGAGGAGAAGGUUCUCCGGCUCACAAGGACAGUUCUUGAUCUCCAGUCUUCCAUCGCUGGAGUAAAUGAAAACAUCAAACAUACCAUUCAGGACGAUGCCAGCAAAAUGCUGGCGUCGUGGCUCAAUAACCUGCACCCCCAGCCAGUGCCUGACAGUGCUGUUGGUAGAGACACUGAAACGGUCCAGCUUCCUGGUGACCUCAACAAAACGGAAUCUGGCAUGAAGGACAUCAAAUCCGAAUUGGCUGAAGUCAAGGAUGCUCUGAAGACCAAGAGUGACAAGCUGGAAGAGCUGGACGGGAAAGUGAAGGGUUAUGAAGGGCAGCUUAAACAGCUCCAGGAGGCUGCCCAGGGCCCUACGGUGACCAUGACAACCAAUGAACUCUACCAAGCCUAUGUUGACAGUAAGAUAGAAGCCCUGAGAGAGGAGCUCAUGGAGGGAAUGGACAGAAAGCUGGCCGAUCUGAAGAACUCCUGUGAGUACAAGCUGAUUGGUGUUCAGCAGCAGUGUGAUGACUAUGGGAGCAGCUAUCUGGGAGUGAUUGAGCUUAUAGGAGAGAAGGAAACAAACCUGAAAAAAGAAAUAAAUGACCUUCGAGCCCGGCUGCAAGAUCCUUCAGCCCGGUCCAAUUGCUGUGAUGGUGAAAAGACUGGUGACUUUGGGCAACAGAUCAAGGUGUUAGACCAGAAAAUUGAAAGAGUUGCUGAAGCCACCAGAAUGCUAAAUGGGCGGCUGGACAAUGAGUUUGACCGGCUCCAAGUUCCAGAGCCAGAUGUGGACUUUGAUGCAAGAUGGAACGAAUUAGAUGCAAGGAUCAAUGUGACAGAGAAGAAUGCGGAAGAACAUUGCUUUUACAUUGAAGAAACGCUCCGGGGGACCAUUAAUGGAGAGGUAGAUGACCUGAAGCAACUUCUUGACCAGAAAAUACAGUCUCUGGAAGAGCGUCUGGGGAGCCUGCUCCUGGAGAUGACCAACAACACUGAUGCAGAACCCACUCCCCCAGCAUCAGCCCGCCCUGGCGGGUCAGGGGCUGGGCAUGACCAGGUCAUGGUGGAAUUAAACCACUUGAAGAAGAAAGUUCAAGAUGUUGAGGAUAUUUGCCUGCAGGGAGCGCUUCAUGGGAUAGAAGAUACUUUUCCAAAUGGAGAAGACCACGCAGUGGGUGAUAGUUCGAGCCUUUUGAAGUCUCUGAAUGACACGAUGCAUAGGAAAUUUCAAGAAACUGAACGUAGCAUCCAGAAACUUCAACAGGAUUUUAGUUUUCUGUAUUCUCAACUAAACCACACAGAAGAUGAUAUGAAUCAUCUUCAGAAUGAGCUGAGCAAGUGUAGGGAAGGUAAAAACGCUGGAGUGGAUGGGUUUCCUAAGGGGGGCGAGCGAGAAAGGACGGUGGAGCCCCUCCCGACUCCCCAGGACACCGAGGCCCCUUGCUGCAGCCAGCUGGAGGAGAGAUGGCAGAGGCUGCAGAGCCAGGUGCUCGCUGAGCUAGACACUUGUAAGGACAAUACGCACGGGGUCCAGAGGGAGGUCUCGGUGGUUGAGCACAGGGUGUCUCAGAUGGAGAAAACUUGCAGCAAACUGGACUCCAUCUCAGGAAGUCUUCAGCGGAUCAAGGAAGGGCUCAACAAGCAUGUCAGCGGCCUGUGGAGUUGUGUCAGGCAGAUGAACGGGACCCUCCGAUCACAUUCCCGAGACAUUUCUGGCCUGAAGAAUUCUGUGCAGCAGUUCUACAGCCACGUUUUCCAGAUUUCUACUGACUUGCAAGAUCUGAUCAAGUUUCAGCCACCAGCAGGGGAGGAGCCCUCAGAAGCACCCCCGCCUCCUCCCCGAGGGAAGGCCCCGCAGGCCUCGGAGAAGCCCCCGCAGUUGGCAGAGGUCCCCACGGAGCCAUCUCUUCCAGAGCUGACGCCUCCGCCGCUGCCCAGUGCGCCCCCACCUCCUGAGGACCCUGGACAACAGCUGCACUCGGGCCAACAGCCUGUUCCGCCCAAGAGACCCCAACAGCCGCUGCCCUGGCCAGUGUGGCCUGGCUGGACAGGCCUGCCCUUCCUGCCUGGCUCCACUGGGGUCAUUAUGGAGACUGGAGAGGCUGGGCCUCCGGGGAGGAUGGGCGUGUCGGGGAGAGGCCUGCCCCAGGGCGUGGAUGGCCAGAUGGGGCAGGCGCCCAUCCCCAGCGCAGAAGGCUUCGCGGGAGCACCAGGGUACUCCAGGUCACCUCCUGCAGCCUCCCCAGGGGUUCCAGCGCCUUCUCCGGUGUCUUUCUCUGCGGGGCUCACCCAGAAGCCUUUCCCCAGUGAUGGGGGUGUUGUCCUCUUUAACAAAGUGCUGGUCAACGACGGGGACAUGUAUGACCCCAGCACCGGGAUCUUCACAGCGCCAUACGAUGGGCGCUACCUGAUCACGGCCACCCUCACUCCUGAGAGGGACACAUACGUGGAAGCGGUCUUGUCGGUCUCCAAUGCCAGCGUGGCUCAGAUGCACACAGCUGGCUACAAGAGAGAAUUCCUGGAAUACCACCGGCCCCAAGGGGCUCUGCACACCUGUGGCGGCCCGGGAGCAUUCCACCUCAUCGUGCACUUGAAGGCAGGAGACGGCGUCAACAUCGUGGUGACGGGGGGCAGGCUGGCUCACACGGACUUUGACGAAAUGUACUCCACAUUUAGUGGGUUUUUCUUAUAUCCUUUCCUUUCCCACCUCUAGGGCACUGGGGAAAGGUAAGGCGAAGGAAAGUUGUAAGAACUGGAAAGCUUUAAUAUUAUUCACGUUAUGUAUGUAACUGGAGCACUGGUCUAGUAUUCUGUCGACGUCCCACCACCUCUCUCAAGAUAACAGCCUGUUCUGGCUUUGGAGGCCAUGAACACACCUUAGAGUUCCCCAGCAGGCAGCAAGGACUGACUCCUGUCCUGCCCACGGGCUAGCUGAAGAGCUGGGACACAUCCUUACCUCUAAGCCAGGGCCUCCCCAAGCUCUGGCUUUGCCCCAAGGGGCCGGAGCUGGGCCUACAAGGUGCUGCCCUGGGUGAGGCAGUGGGAUCCAGUCCUGCUGCUGGAGAAGGAAAUGCUGCUGGAUGCAGGCCUGAGGUGGAGGGCUGGCCAAAAUGGACACCUGUGGCCACAGUCUCUGCUAGUGUUGGUUUAUACUGCACGCAGGAGAAGUUUCAACACUGAAGUGCACCUGCCGCGACGAGCCUGGGUCUGCAGUCUGCGGCCCCAGGUCCGGUUCACCACUGCUCACCCAGGCCUCUGCCCGGCUGUGAGGGAAUCCAAGAGACUGUUGUGAGCUCGCUGGGCUCCUUGAAUGACAUGUACAAUUUAAGUGCAAAGACAGGGAGUGUCAAUAAAGAUGUAAAACCACUAAACCACUUCAAGUUACUUAAAUCCGGUGCCUUGUGGAUUUAGAGUUGUUGCUAAAAGCAAACUGUAGAAAGACGUUGACUUUUUAAUGGCUAUAGAAAGUAAGCUCGAAUAAAUUAAUCGCAACCAUGUAACUUCCUCCUCAGCA